AUGGAUCCGAGUGAUCAGGCAGACAUAAUCUCAAAUCUACCAGAUGUUCUUUUGGUCCUCAUCAUUUCAUGCUUGUCGUUCAAGGAAUGUGUUCAAACCAGUCGCCUCUCCAAGCGGUGGAGAUCUGUCUAUCUUCAGACGAGGAAUGUUUCUUUCAAGGAAUCCGACUUCUUGAGCCCUUCUGUCUACGCAAAUCCCAUAAGUUGGGUUAGGGCGAGGGUUGCGUUUGUUGAUUACGUGUGUAGCUGGGUCGCUAGAAUCGAUGAUCAACCCAUCGAUACAUUCGGGAUUUCUAUCUCGUAUCCAAAGAAAUACUUGGAUGUGAUCGAGUCCCUGAUAGCGUUCGCGGUCCGAAAAAGGGUCAAGGCCUUGGUUCUUGAUUUCUCAAACCCGGCGUGGACAACCUUUCAUGAUGUCAACCUUGAUGAGUUGGUUGUUGAAAUCCCCCAAAGCGUCUAUGAUCUAGCGACUCUCGAGUUGUUGAAAGUUGGCGCGUGCAAGAAGUUUGACCCAGCAAAACUAUCAAACCUAGGGAAGCUCAAAACCGUCUCUUUCGGCUGUAUGGUACUGACGAAUUUUGAACCUUUUCUAAAGACUUCAAGGGUUGAGAGUUUAACUAUCAAUAACUGCCGGGAACUUGAUUUCGAUACGAUAAAAGGGAAUAUGAGAGAAGUUGCAAUCAAAAACUGCGACUUUUCCAUUAACUGCACCUUUCACCUCCCUAGAGUUGACAUACUCAAGUACUCGGGAGAUCUUUUCUGCUUCGAAUUCGAUAAUAUGAAUACCAUCAUAAGCGAAGUUGAAUUUGAUUUCCGGGUGUUGGACAAUAACAAUGAUGAAAAUGAUUCGACCACCGCAGAAGGAGGCAUGCUUUGUCAUCUCCUUAAUAAUCUCCUUGAUGAUGGUGGUCGAACUGCUACGACCUUAACGGUUUGUCCGUUUCUACUCAAGAUGAUUCCAAGAUCUGAGCAUCCACAUUUUCUUCGCCCGAUGGAAACAAAACAUUUAGUGCUGAAGACGGAAUUGCAUCCGAGAGAGUUCAAUGGAAUUAGGCUUCUUCUUGUUAAUUGCCCAAAAUUGGAAACACUCACUAUAGAUUUGCUUCCUCCAAGCCCCAUUGCGACCGCUUCAUCAUAUGCUGGCAUAGAUCCACAGACAUACUGGAUGCAAAACAUAUCAUAUGAGUGUCUGAGAGAGACUCUGAAAGCAGUUUUGGUGAAGAACUUCACUGGUGGAGCAAAUGAGCUGCACAUAGUGAAGUUUUUUAUUCAAUCUGAAUGUGAGCAUCUGGAGAGAGUUGAGCUAUACAUGCCGUUUGAUUUGGACGAGGGUCGAAAGAUGUUUGCAAAUGCCAAAUCUGAAAUGCUGCAACGCAGUUCGAACCGUGUCCAAGUUGUUGUGCACAAUUCUUGAAGAGGUGAUCUAUUCAAGACUUUAC